UGAAAGAUACUCAUCAGUUAAUUUUAUUAGUAAGUAGGACAUUUCUAAAAGCAAGCAUUUCUGAAUGAUACAGUCGGAUAAACAAAUGCAUAAAUUAGCCUCUAACACAAGACAAGCCACGUAGCUGAAUGCUAACUUAAACUGUACAUGCCCAGCAGCAGGUGCUUAUAUUCAACAAUAAAUCACAUGUUAGCUAACAACAAUUCAUCAUAGAAAGUAUCCUUACCAUAAAAAAUGCAAAUGUCUUCAAAGAAAGGCUUUUGAAUCCAAAUGAAGGCAGCAGAUAGUGAGAAUUAUCACCACUGCUUCAGUCACUCAAGUUAAUAACUUUUUUCACACAAAAUAAUUAUUUUGUGUGCACAAGAUCAAAUUAAUCUCAUCUGAAAGCUCUGCACUAUCCCACAUCUCUCAGGAAUCUUUUCAUCCUUUCGUCCAACAGCUUGGACCAGUCAGAGGAACAGCAGGAGAGCUUCCUCAAACAGCUGCCCAAACGGUGCCUGUUCCUGGCCUACGAGGACCCCUACAGGAGGUAUGUGGGACAAGCCAGUUUGUUGUGUGCACAACCUGCUGGUGGAUGAUUGCAUUGUAAAUAUAUCCAGCUCCAUAAAUCCAUUAGCUCUGUGCCAGUGUAUUUGUGUGUAUGUCCUCAGGGAGCUGGAGGCCAUGUUUAAUGUGGAGGAGCUGCCCACAGUGGUGGUGCUGCGUCCCGACUGCUCCAUCCUUGCCCACAAUGCAGUGGAGGAGAUUCUCUGCCUUGGCCCAGACUGCUACCGCAACUGGCAGGAAGCAGCAGAGAUCAUUGACAGGAACUUCAUGAUCAACGAGGACAUUGGACAGAAGCCUAUGUGCAGCCUGAGGAACCCUGUUAGAAAACUGAAGUACAAGGUGGAGAAUGAGAAGAAGAAAAAGAAGUGGAAAAAAUGCAGUGGGUGGGGAGGAGGUGGAGAGGCAGAUGAGGAAGUGAGCAAAAAUGAUGUAGGAUCACUUUUUUGAUUUCUUAAGUGUUUCCUUUUUUCAGUGUAAAGGAAAGUUAGAGCGCUAAUGAUACAGUGAUACCUGCACUGACUCAGAGGACGGUUUUAAUACUGAAAUAAACCAAGAAAAGUUUCAGCAAUCAGUGUUUUUCCACAAAUAUCAGGCAUACAGGAGCUUGUCCAAUAUGGCAUCUAGGGGUGGUCCAGCCCCCAUAAAAAUCUGACUCGCCUGCCCCAAGCUAUAGUUAUAGUUAUAGCAUAUAUGCUUUGUCAGAGGUGAGGCUAAAUAAUUUUAUUAUUAAUAACAUUUAUAGACCACCUUUUAUGAGUAGACAUCAGAAAAAGAUAGAGAAAGACAAUAAAACUUAUCUUGAGGUCAACUGUAAAGUCAUGUAGUGACAUGGUGCUCCAAAGUCAUCUUUGUCUUUGCUUACCCUGACCCAUCGCAGCACAUUUCUGUAUGUCAGUGCUUUAAAUUAAAAAUUUGGAUGGCAUCCUCUAUUUAAGGCAUCGUGAAAUUAAGCAUAGAAGAUUUACUUAUUUCCACCCUUUGUUACCAGGGGAUUCCACUGGAUCCAGAAUGGCUCCACUCCGGACCGGCAAGGGCAUCAAAUACGCAAGCACAUAGCAUGUUUCCCCAUGAGACAUUAAAUAAAAUCCGCUGAUCAAUGUAUAUAAAUGGUGGUAUAUAUAAACACCUGAAUCCCACAACCCUGGCCUCUCCUAUUAUCAAGCGAAGAACAGUUCAACGUAUUGAUUUUCUUUUGUUUUGAAAAUUAACCAGAUAUUUUACUCUGUAGCUGCAUACAACUUUCGCUGCUGCUUGGGCUGAGCUGCACCGAAUUGAUGCCGUGUGCUGCAGCCUUGCGUAUCUGAUCUGGCCGCCAGAGCCGAUCUGCAGUGGAGCCAGGCGGCCCAUUAGAUUAUAAAGUAACAGAAAUUAUACUAUAUACCUGGUGUCGUAUUUUAAUUCAAGUUGUAGUCAAUAUGAUUGAUGGAGAUAGAAAAGGUCCCAAAAAAAUCUAUAUUCAGUCUCUCAGUUAGGCCACCACAUCAAAAAGUCUGGAUACGCCCCUGCUCCCAGGUACACUGGUUCAACAAAUGGUAUCCGAAUUGGUAAUGGGUUGAAAAAAGGGAGUGAAACACCUCCACCUCCGGUAUAAGUGUGUGUGGAUAUGCCAACAACCAAUAAAAAAGAAUGUAAAACACUUUCCAAAGGAACACUGGAUGCUGCCAACCAAUGCUGACCUCAGCGUAGCAUUAGCUUUAAAUGCUGCCAAGUACAGUCAAGCCAAGCUUCUGCCCGAGCCAAGUCUUCGCCAUUAUGGCUUGUUUUACGACACCCAGGAGAUUAUUCGAAACCAUUUUCCCAUUUUCAACAACACGCAGCUCUGUAAUGCAAUGUGCUUUUUUUUUUUUUUUACACAUGAUAAUUGGUACCAUCCAAUCAAAACACACACAUGCAUAAUCUGAAAUCAAUGAAUUAUUCAGCACCAUUAAAAUAAUUUUGUUAGUGACUGUUGAGCUUUGAGUGUUUAUGAAGUCUAGUUCUGCUUUACAGGCUGCACAAGAAGCAAUCAGAGCUAUUCAAAGGGAGUCAAGUGAAAUUAUGGAGAAACUGGCUUUUCUCCAUAAUCAGUGAUUUCCUUCUUCUUUCAUACUAACGGCUGUUUAGCCUUUGCACACUUCCUCAUACAUGUAAACUGCAUAAAUGGAGCUUUUAUCGGAUCUUCUCUUGCAUCAUUUCCUGAUCUCUAAAAAGACUAGAAGAAGGGAUUUUACAGCCUGUUCUCUUCUGACUGACCUGAGCUUUAGUGCUGCCAUUACUCCUUGAACACAAAUAGGAAAAGCAGUGGAGUGCUCUUUUUGCAUUAUAGCAGAAAUGACUGUAAUGGCCAUAGCAGAUGGGGUAAAAAUACAGAGCAAAGACAGAUGAUGAAAGCAGGGUGUUGUCAGUUGUCAUCAAGGUGUGACUGGUUGAUAGGUAGGUUUGGGAAGGUUUUUAAGUGGCUCAAACAUGAUGAUUUAUGCCAAAGGAUUCAUAAAAAUGUGUCAAAAAUAGGCUGAACAAAGACCAAAUGAAGGUUGAUAAAACACAAAUGGCUUUGCUGCUCCUUAAAAAGCUGGACCCACACUCGGGCUGUUCUUCCUGUAAAAGGACACAGAGGCCUCCAUAAACAUGAGCCUCUGUUUAUUCUAUAUUCCCUCCUUUUGCCUGCACAGCAGCUUAUUGUUGCUCACUCAGACAAACCUUGAUAAUAUAGUAGAAGCCCCUUCCCUCCCUGCCUCUCUCUCCUGUCCCUGCACACGUACACACGCGCUCACAUGAACUCACACACGAAGGCACACGCACGCUGCGCGCUCUCGAGUGCAGAACGCGCAACAAGCGGAGCAGCGGAUGGAGAGAGAGAGUGGGAGAGAAAGAGAGAGUGUGUGUGUGUAUGUGUGAGAUAGAGAGAGAGAGAGAGAGAGCGCCAGAAGAAGAGGAGGAGAGAAGGACGGAUGCAAGGCGGGGACAGGAGCGGAAAAACCUUAUCUCUCCUGCUCGUUCAGCUGUUGUCUUUUCAAUUCUUUAGCGCAGCAUCCUUUUGGAAGUCGUGCUUGAGCUUUUUCACUUUAAAAAAAACCCUGGUCCAUCCCCAUGUCCGCCCUGAUGUGCUGCUGCGCCUCAUCACGAUUCCUCAAGGAUACGAAAAGCUGCUGUUCUCACGUCGACGCUAUUUUCAAAAAGAGGCAAGGAUGUAACACGGGAAGCGUCUGAUCAGCGAUGACAAACGUUAACCGGGCUUGAUGAGCUGUAAAAAUCGUCGGAGCGAGGCGGAGCAGCGCGAGACUGCGCGUUAAUUUACGCCUAAUUGUUGUUUUCGCCUGUGAUCGUGUAUUUCCCCCCCAUCCAUUCAUUGAACCAUCGGAGCUGUGAGGCCUGCAGCCCGUACCAUCUCUGGGCAUGAAACCCGUGGGAAUUAUGAUUCCGACGUGACGCACAGUCACACACACACAGCGCAGCGGGGGAGACAUCGAGCCUUGACAGGACGGAGGGAGGGUGUGAGGUCCAGCCGAGCAGAGAGCCGAUCACAGGAGGUAGAGGAGGAGGAGGAGGACGCCCAGUUGUUGUUGGACACUAAUGACUGCUGAAUAGCCCUGCAGAAUUAUCACAUUGAAUAUUUCUUUUUUUGAUGCAUCGGGCGGAGAGGAGCAGGAGAAAGGGAGGAGUGUACAGUGGGUGCGCGAGGGCGCGGAGAGACGGGAUGCGGGAGACGCAGUAAGGAGGAGGAGGAGGACGAGGGAAAGCGGAGGAUUGACGGUAAGAUAUGGAUAUAGGCUAUGGGGAUGCACCCCGCCCCUCCUCUCUCUCUCUCUCUCUCUCUUUCUCUCUCUCUCUCUCUCUCUCUCUCUCUCUCUCUCUCUCUCUCUCUCUCUCUCUCUCUCUCAAAGGUGCCCUGCUCCUUUGCUGCUGCUGCUGCUGCUGUCAGUGGCCAUUUGAUCACUGUGAGACAGGGAUCUGAUGAACUGCUGUUGCUGCCCGGGCCUCUUACCUCUGGCUGCCAUUAAAAGCUGGGUCAGUAGUGUAGGAGUGCGCCCUGAAAUAUUCAUGGGCACGUGACGAGUCUCCUUUGGGCCUCGGAGGAGGCAUGCAGGGAGAAAAGUGGCAUAAUGACUCAGGAGGGUCCCACGCUGGCCCACAUCAGGGGUCUGUCACACAAGAGGGGCUGAGUUACGUUGAAUGUCACACACGCACGCACACACACCUACAUUGCAGUGUUUGGUGUGCUGCAGUAAAACACAUAAACACCACAAAGGGAUGUGCAUGCAAGGUUCAAUUGAAUUUUUGCAGGUUUGCGGGGGGGGGGGGGGGUGAAGAGAAUAAAAGACUAUUAUCGAUAUUUCAGAGAAGGGAUGAGAGGGGGAGGACAGGGGGCAGAGAAAGGAAUGAGAGAGAGAGGCAGAGGAGAAGACAGAUAAAUGGAAGAGGGGGCGAUAGGGAGGAGAGGUAGAAAAGACAGGACCCCUGCUUUCCUGAUACAUUUAUAACCUUGAGUGUGCCUGUGUCUGUGCGUGUGUUUGUGCGUGUUCUUGCAGGUAUUGAUUAUGUGUUAUUCAUGUGUCUUAUUCAUAUGAACAGCAUACAAAGCAUUGUGCAUUGUGUGGGAGAAAGAGCAGGAUGAACCAGGCUGAUUGAUGAAGCUGGAAUAUUUGUGACCUCUUAUUUUAUUAAGGUGACUCACCUCUUCAUGCAUGUGUGUGUGUGUGUAUUGCAUGUGCUUAUUGCUGCCCACACUGUGCAUAUUAGAUGGAACAAGAAAGAGCAAAUGUACCAAGAUUUGUUUCUAUGUUGGGAUCAUUUAUUUUAACCACUGAGGAGAAAAAAGAAUACAGAUUUGUUAAAAUCAUUCGCUCGUUUGAGACACAAACACACACAAUCAUACAAUUACUCACACAAACAGGCAAGCACAGCGCAGAUAGACUUUUAGGUCAUUUAACUUGUAAAAUGCAACACAUUUGUCUCAGUUUUAACUGGACCACUGCACUCCAUGUCCGUACGCAUCUGUCAGACACACUGAGUCAGUCGGCCUGCUUUAUCUGUGAGCAUCUAUUCAGGCCUGCUCACAUCAGACUUAUCAUUGUAAUUUCAAAAUUACAAGACAUGGUAUCAGUCAUCAGCUUGACUUUCCUCUCAUAAUGUCAAUUAUGCAAGGUGGUAAAGAUAGCAAAGAUUUUUAUUGUUCAAAAAUCAAGCAAUCAACAAUUAUUUGUCUGUAAGAUAUAACCAGGAUGUCAAUCAUGACUCCGUCUUUAAAACAACAAAAAUCCUUAUACUGCUUGAGCCCAUUGUCCAGCUUCCUCCAAACAAAAGCUGCUGGAUGCACUUGGCUCCGCUCUGUCACACCUCAGUUUAUGAUCCCUGAAGUACAUUUUGUCAAAUUUAGAGAACAAAAUCCUGCCCUGUGUCCUCCAGUUUUUCCUCCUGACACAUUGAAACAGCUCAUGUUUUAGUCACAGGUUCUGCUGACACACAAAUCAUAUGAAAUACAAAGUGGCAGCACAGGUUGUGUGUGACAAGAGAUGAGACAAGAGGCGGAUAUGCCUUUCCAUGGUUUAUUGAGAGUGUGUUUUAAAGCCGACUGAGCUGUUUUUAGCUGGAAUUUUUUCGAAAUAACCCCAGCCUAAACAAGGCAAUGUUCCUUUAUAGUAAACUGAUGCAUUUAUUUAAGCCACAGAUAAUGCUCACAACAUGACAGCAUGCAUUCAGGCAGCAUCACACAAGUCAUAUGUUACAUAAAUGUGUAUGUGUCAUGUUUAACAGUAGCAGUCCAUUAUGAAUAAUGAAUUAUCCCCGAGACAUUUGGUUCACUUCACAUAUUGGAAUUCACAUUUUCCAGGAACAGCAGCAUCUCUUUGACCUUUACAGCAGCGUUUCCUGCUGUUUUAUUGUGCACACUACGAGCGACGUGUCAGGGUUAGUCACUGUGACAAAAUGUACUGUUUGAAAAAGGAUGAAUGACUCUAUCAAAAACCUGUUAAACAGCAGCUCAAUCCUACACACCGUUAUGGUCAUUAAAAUAGAUCUUCAUGUUUUUACUCCUGCAUUGGGAGGAACUACAUGGAUGAAAUCUUUCAUCGCAUUAAAUCAAUACAGUGAAAUGUGCUGUCUUGAUCUUCCUGUCAAGUCUUUGUUGAAGAAAUUACACAGAAAUAUAUAUUUCCACUUGAUCUCCUGAACACCCCAAAAAUAAGGUUAAAAUAGACAUAUUAUCAUCACAUUAAUGCAAAAGUAAACUCAUACUCACUAUUUUCAUAAAGCAGAGAUACCUGCGUUAGCUUUAAGACACGUUUCAGCUGAUGGCUCACAUAUAUUUAUUCGACAGUGUGGUGAAAAUAAAAAUAUCAAAGGUUAAUUAAGGAGUUCAAUAAAGCUGACAUAUCAGAAAACACUGCAGUCCUAUAGCUGAGCUUGAAAAAGCCACACAAAUGAGAACAGACAACCGAACACAAAAAAGACAAAUUUACAGACAAUAAAGAGGGGUCUGUAAUAAAAGACACUGUGACUGUCAGAGUGUUUGAAUUUUUUUUUUUUGCUAAAACUUAACAGACUUGCCCGAUCAUAAUUAACAUAAUUAACAAUAUCUUAUUGUUUGAAAUACUGAUUCUGAUUGGUCAUUACUGCACAGCACAGAUCUGUUACUCCUCAUCAAGACACCGUUGCUAUAGAUACAUCUCUAAUUGCUUACAUCUGAAAGAGGUCUGCUUAAUAUGAUGUUUUUUUUUACUGUGGGAAAACAGAAAAGACACAAAUGAGAAAUGGCAGGAGGAAAGACAGAAAUUGAGACUACAGUACAGAAUUCUAGAAAAAUCAAAGACGCCCUGUGAGGAGCCUUGAUAGGACACGAUAUGGGACACAGUCUUUUACAAGGACUGAUAAAUGGAAAGAAAGUGUGACAGACUCCGAGGGUGACAAGGCAGAAAUUUCGAUCAGAUGCUGCGCUGAUUCAUGUGACCUUGUUCAACUCGCUUUACUUCACCAUCAGUGGGAAUGUUCAGUGUCAUGUGAGUAAUAACAGUUAAGUUUACUUAAUGUAAGAAAUGACCAGGUUGAUGAGGAAAAUGAAACUACUGUGGCAGUAGCUUAGGAGGUAGAACAGUCGUCCAACAACUGAAAGGUUGGAUGUUCUAUUCCCCCCUAUCCCUAGUCUGUCCGUUGUGUCCUUAGGAAAGAGACUUUACCUACCUGUCUCCCAGUCUGUGUCCUCCGCUAGUGUAUGAUUCAUACGUUGCCUUGGAUGAAAGUGUCUGCUGAAUGACAUUGUAAUUUGUAAUUGAAAAUUGAGAAACCCUUGGUAAACAGUCUGUUAAAUUCAUGGUUUUUGCUGCAGUAAUAGUGAUGAUUAACUCAUUUCAAAACCAAUGUCUAGUGUGAAAAGAUUUACUUAUUUAGUUAGUAGCUAUGCAAUAAAUGGGAUAACAUGUAAAGGUCAGGAUGUCAUAGCAGAUUGGAACCCUCCAUUUUGUAUUGUGGUCCUGCUCAUCUUGCUAGGACCCAACCAAAUGUAACAACCUGUUCAUAACAGGCCUUCAUGAUUGCUAACUUAAAGAUGCCCUAAUAUGGCAUUUUUCAUCAAGAUUAAAUCAGUCCCAGAGGUCCCACAAUAGUAAAUUUGAAGUUUGUUGUCUAAAACACCAGUUUAUUCGUGGAUAUCAGUCAGUCUGUAGCCCCUUCUUUUUGAGCUCCACUGAGAACGGGCUGAUACUGCGCCUGUACCUUGAAAUGAUAAUGAGCUGUGUGUAACCACACUCUUCCUCUUCCUUGGUCUGGAGAUCUUCUGAGGACCUCUUCAGAGGACCUAUAGACCACUGCAGCUGGAAGCACCAGCCUGCCUCCGUGCCCACAAGGAACACCUACUGCUCAUGGGAAUGAAAGUAAAUAGAAGUGAGUCCGAAGUUGAAGACCAACGAAGGUAAACUUUGGACUAGUACUUUGCAGCCAAAAUACUAGUCAUAUGGGCGGCGGUAAAGCAACAUAAAAUAGUAAAUCUUACAGCUUCCACGUUUGAAGUUGGGUCUCCGAUACGGACAGUCGAUAAGGAUCCCAGUAUUAUCUUCAGCUUCUUAAGGAAUCCUGCUUUAAACUGCCCCACAGUAGUAAAACAGUCAGUGGUGAAAUGGUUAGCAGACACGUACAACAUUUUCAGAGUCGUGGGUACAUUUCCAUCAAAAAUAAAAUGAAUCCACUGGGUCCUCAAAUCUUCAUACGAGGAGGCAGAAAUAGACUCCUGUCUUCGUUUGUACAGCCAAGAACCACACAACAACAUGGUUGCUGUACCGGAGCGGUGUAUGCGAGGGGAAAAAAAUGGCGGACGCUACCUCAGCAAAGAAGUUUCAGAGGGCUGGGCUAAUAAUUAUUGUGGUGCUGCUACCAACAUGUAGGAGGGUCUUAUGCGGUUAUGUCGUCAUAACAGCAUAAGCUUUUCCAUUUGCCCGUUUGCGCUCAUGUUUUCAGAAAGGAGGGUUAAGCAAGAGAGGGAGAGAAUGAAAUUUUUUUUUGCCAGGGUUGGGGGGGGUGUAUCGGCAUUCAAGGGGAUGCAUAUUAUUGUUAGAAAACUACACAAAAAUGGAUUAGUCAUAAUAGGGGACCUUUAAUCAAUUCAUUCAUUUUGUAAUGCUUAUUUUGGUCUGGGAAAUCAAUGUGAUUCAUAAAAUUUCAGAAUACAUUAAAUUACUAAAUUAAAAAACAAUUUAAUAAGACUUCAUUUCUUGAUUUUGUAGCAUCUGGGGGUUUUAAAACUUCCCAAAUAUAACUCAUUGAAUCAUACUAACAUCUCACUGAUUGUGACUUACAUUUAACUGAAUCCUCAAAAUUUAGAGUAGUGAAAUAGUGUUGGUCCAGUCAGCUGAAUAACAUCAACCUGCAUUAACAAUCAUUAUAAGUAUAGAAACGUCAUACUGGUAUAAAUAAAUAGUUCAUUAAAGUGACAUUAAUGUCAUGAACUAAGAGCAAUCAUAGAGUGUAGGCACAAUGUUCAUGUCACUCUGUGGCCGACUUUCCAAGACUUAGACUCUGUCCUAUCUUUUAAGACCUUAGAUCCAGACUGCGUCACAUUUUCUCAGUUCUGCGUCAUAUUGUAUGGGGAUCGAGGUAAAAACGGUGCUUGCUCCUGAAAAGAUUCUCCCUGAGGAAGUGCUUAUGGGGCACUAAGACAGGUGAGCUUUUAGCACAGUGAGAGUGCUGAGGGCAGGAUUACGAUCCUGCUAAAUAUGUGAGGAAACUUAUCAAUGUUUAAUCAGCCUUCCAACAGUCUGUAAUAGAGACUCAGUUCUUUAGCUGAAAGGAAAUCAAAAGACUUCUCACGCCAAAAACCUCCUCACAAACUAUCUCUGCCUGCCUUCUGUAGUGGAGAAAUUCACAUGAGUGAAAACGUGAAAACGGGGAGGACUUUUUGCUCAUUUGACCUUUGGUGUACUUGCUUCAUAAUGUAUGUUAUCAUCCUUUUAGCGGCAGAUGACUUUGAAAAUGUCAUGUAAAAAUGAUGUGGAUAUAUCUAGAAGCAAUUUACUCCCAUUUCCCUUCUACAUCACAAACUGCAGAGCUCUCAGGAUCGUCCAACGCACGGCUCUGAACUCGACCCUGAGUGUCUCCUGUGUCUCUGGCUGCAACAAGAGAGUGAUUGACAGAGGGCGACACCUCAGCUCCCGUGAGCCCAGCAUCGACCAGACAAACAUACAGGCACUAAAACCCUGUAAGUGGCUUUGACUGUGGCGUGUAGGCCUCAGCCCUGUGGGAGCUUCAGAGGUCAAUGUGAUGGUGGUCCCAGAGGGCACAGCGGAGUGUGUUUUAAAAUCCUAUUUUCAGCUUAAAAUAUCACCCACAGUGUUGUUAUUACAGACAUGUUUCCAGCAAUAAGGCCAUUCUUCUCGCCGUGCUGUCAGAAGUCCAAUCUCUCUGUCUCGUCCUCAGCUCUUGAUUGCUCUCUGUUUCCAUCACUCUCUUUUUUUACACACACACACACACACACACACACACACACACACACACACACACACACACACACACACACACACACACACACACACACACACACACAUUCAUUCUUCCAUUAGGAACCUAACACUACAAGGCUGUUUUGUCACUUUGUGCUUCAUAGCAAUCUAGCCUCGGGCACUGAUAGCUCUCUGACCAGAAGAGGGGGAGGACUUUCUGUCUCUCUGUCUCUCUGGAUCUGUUGAUUUUAUUGUCUCCACCUCUAACAGUGUGAGUCUUUGUACCUGACUGGAUUUCACAUCAGUUUGAAUGAUUUCCAGCAGACUGACUUUAAUGGCUUUCAGGUAUCAUUUGCCUCCCGCAGCAGUGAGUCAGUCUACUCUCUUUUUUAUUUAUUGCUCAAAUUUCUGUGCGGCCAAACCACACAGGAGUAAUUCAGCAGACUCAUGUUUGACAUCUCUUCCAAUUAGGUCUGCUGGCAAAGAUUUCUUUCAUUUCUGAUUGUCUGCUGAUUAUUUUUGAUUAACUGGUAAACUUUCCCCCACAAAAAAUGUCAUAAAUGUUUUCAAAUGUCACAGCAAAUUCCCAGAGCCUUCAGGGAACUUAAUUGUUUUGUCCUGCUGUCUGCCAAAAAACAAAACAAAUUAAGUUAAUAUUGAUGUAAUUGAAAGAAAAAACAGAAACUCUCCAUGUUUCUAAAGCCGGAUUUAGCGAACAUUAACAAAUUUUGCUUCAAAUUCAGUCCAAUUCAAAAUGCUUUCUGGGCAUGGAUGAAAAAGUAACAAGAGGAAUAAAUGUCAAUUGAUGAGCUGAUUGCAAUGGUGAGAAAACAAGAAAAAAACAUUCCUCUUGUAUUACUUUAUAAAUCACUUACCCCUGAUCCAUGACGGUGUAGAGUUAAACUGAGUUCAAACCCACAUAACUGUGCUAAGAGCCUGAAGAUUAGGAGAUACUGAAUAUGUCAGGCUGAAUUUAGCCUUAUUUAGCCUCACACUCCCAAGAGGAAUUUUAACAACCCUAAAGCUACUGAAAGGAGCAGAAAGAGAAAGUCUGUUUGUCAGGGGAAUUUAAAAAUAAUUACAUCUAAAUCAUCUAAUAAAUCACUAUUAACCCUGCUAGAUACAUGCAGAUUAACACUGCUUCUUUGUGCAUACUGUAAGUGCACACGUAUACAUUAAAGCCUGUGUGUGUUUCAGUGUGUGUGUGUGUGUGUGUGCGUGCAUGUGUGUGUGUGUGUGUAAUGUAUUUCACUCCAGGCUCUCUACUUACACACUCUCACUUAGCGACUGCAGCUCCUCCAAGUAGGCCGAGCGCUGGCCCGGGGCUGGAUUUUGGUUGUAGGCAGGGAGCAUGGUGCUGCGAACAGGGGGGACCGGGUGUGUGGCUUUGUCAAGGCCCAUCAGUGUCCUUGCUCUACUUACUUUGCAUCAACACUUAAGGGUGAGUGUGUGUGUGUGUGUGUGUGUGUGUGUGUGUGUGUGUGUGUGUGUGUGUGUGUGUGUGUGUGUGUAUGUAUGUGUGUACUUUGUGUGCUAGAGAGAGAGAGAGAGGGCAAUAGGGGGCAAGCAAAAGAACAUGCUGCCAUAAGGGUUUUGGAUGAGAUGAGACACAUAGUGUGCGUGUGUGUCAGUGUGUGUACAUGAUAAAAACGGAGAGGUUCUCAUUCUGUUGACUCUUUUAUGCACUGUGUUUAGUGUGAGUGUGUGUGCAAAUUUGUGUGUGUGUGUGUGUUUCCCUGGUCCUGGGGCUUUCAUUACAGUCUUGUUGGUUCAGUAGACUUAAAAGAAAGCAAAAGGUCUCUCGUCUCUCUGUCUUAUGUGCGUGCGUGGAGGUGUGUCUUUCUGUGCGUGUGUGUCAAUGUGUGAGAGCAGGCCCAUGUUUGAGCUCAAGUCUUUGAAAGCAUGUUGGACAUUUGUUGAGAAGUGACCUAAAUCUGUCUGCCAUCAUUACCUAACAAGAAGAUGGAGAGAAAAGCAAGUCUCAAAUAAACACACGCACACAUAUGUAUCUGUAAACACACACAUGCAUCCUGACAGACGUAAACACAUACACACACACACACACACACACACUGAAGACCAUCAAGCUGUGUACGCUCUGGAGCAGCAGAUUGGAAUGAUUUGCAGGAGAGAAAUAAAUGUAAUGUAAUGAAAUGAUGCUGUACAGCCUUCGUUCCGCCUUCUGUUCAGGGUCCAGAGUCCAUUCUUUAGACUGCAGAGUCCAAAAAGUCGUAUUUCUGUUGUUUUCUAAUUACAGACACACAUUUCUUCUUUUUUUAUUAAGGGGCACUGUUUUUGUCUAUUUUCAAUGAGUCACAUUUCUGCUCAGUGCUUAUUAUUUCACCACAUACCUUCAUUCUUACUGAGAAGUAAAGUCUGCACUGUUUUGUUACUGAGAGGUCUUUUAUUUUCAGUCAUAUUUUUGUUUUAGAAGUAAAAUAUCUUUUCUGUUUCUUAUUAUGGAGUCAUAUUUCUGUUGCUGUCUUAUUAAUAAGUCAUAUUUGUGUUAUAUUCUUUUCAAGAAAUCAUAUUCCUGUGGUCUUUGAAAUAAGUCUUUUCUCAGAGCUCUUACUGAGGAGUCAUUUUUCAGUUAUGCUCUUCUUAAGGGGUCAUAUUUCCAUUGUACACGUAUACAAGAAUCUUUUUGUGCUCUCACAAAUGGAUCAUAUUUCUGUUUUGUUGCUCAUUUGAAUGGUUAUUAGUUCUUGUGGGUUUUUUAUGCGUUCUAUUUUCAAAGUGAGUCAUAUUUCAGCUGUAUGAUUGAGGGCUGAAUACAGAUUUUUUUUUUUUACAAUAGGAAUUUGGUAGGAAUGACAUGAAUUAUGUGGACACACACAAGAGUGAGUAUUAUUUUUUCACAUUUUUUUUCGACUUGUAUUAAAUUGAGCUUAAACAUUUACAUUAACCCACUGAGCAUUUUUUUUUUGUCUAAAAUAGGUCUAAUAAAUGUCCAAAUGUAGCCUAGACGACUGGUCUAAAAUCAGGCUAUCACAGGUCUUAAAAUGAAAGUUUUUUUACACUUGUAAAUUUAGACCAAGUUUAGGGUUAGGGUAAGCCUCAAUCUGGGCUAUAUCUAUACUACACUGUAUAUUGCUCAAUGGCUAUCAUAAUUAUUUUGGUUAAGUACUUGGAGAUCAAUUAUGCAACUCAGUUGCUUUUUGAAAUAAAUAGUUAUUGAAUAAUGGGUUAAAGUGCCAUGUCUAAAUUUGGUCUGAAAAUAUACAGAAUCUAGAUGGUUAAAAUAAGGUCCAAAAAAAAAAACUAGAAGUUUAAUAGCCAUCUGUUGCACAGUGGAAAACUGCUAUACAGGUGACAUACAGUAUUUCCAUGUUAAACAUUUCACUGUAGAAAAACCAUAAUAGGGUGGUGAUGUUUAUAUCUCAUAAAUUUAAUAUUUCAAUACUUAACAGAGGAUGUGUCUAUGUGAAAAGGCUUCCUCAUGCAUUUUCACCAGACCCAUUUUUCCUACAGCACCUUGAUUACUCCAAAUGAGUUCACCUGUGCCUGCCUGAGUGAGUGAUCAGUGUGGAGCUCCUCAGUGUGUUUUCCCAGUAAACUUAGUCAAUCCUUAAUCUUAAUAUGAGUUUGCUUUCAUUUAAUAUUAGUAGGUAUAUAUUUUGAGUUUCCACUUUAAAAUGUUUAAUUAUCUGGUAUUUUGUCAUGUUUAGUGGGAUUUGCUUCUCCUGGUUUCCCUUUCACUCAAUUGUUUUCGAUUUAGGCGGAGCCAGGGUACAUUUUAAAAGAGCGCCAGUCAUGUCCAGAAGAAGUGUGUGGUUGAUAAUGGCCUGCUGUGAGGCUGGGUUUUUCCCCCCCCUUUGUUAGACCUUUAGUUUAGUCGCUUUUGUUGGUUCCUUCACAUUUUUGAUUAAUAAAACAACCACCUCAUUGAGACCUGACUGUUGUUUUUUCAACCUUUGGUGCUCCACCCCAUGUUUUAGAAGGACACAGAAAUCCCUCUUUUGGUAGACUUAAAAAAAGUGUAUUUCUACAUUGUCUACAAAGGCACAAUCAAGAAAAUACACUAAAUUAGAUUUUUUACAGGCAGGCUGUUGCACCUAUACACUAUCUAAAACAGGGCUGUAGUGUUUUUAAUAUCAACUUGUGGUCUCUGAGGAGGUGUUAUAAUGCUAGACGAUGGGGUUACCACACUGGAAAUGCUGACUCAAUCUUACUUUCAUUUUGCCUGGUACACAGCCAAAAUGGGGGGUUUGUCAGCUUGUCGGCCUCUUUUUUAGACAGCUAUAUUUCUCUCGAUGUGGGUCAAUGCAGCGAAGCCCUUUACGCAAAACUAUACACAACUCCAGGCUGUAAUGUCUUCCAAAAUCACCCCCUGGAGAUUAUGAACAAGUAGAGAUAUGAGAAACUCAGACAAAAAUAGUUUUUGUACCAGGCUGCAAACAUCUUAAUUUUUCUUUUUUCUUUUUUUUCACAUCAGGGAAACAAGGGCUAAUGAAAAAAGCCUGAAAGGACACCUGAAGAGCUGCACUUUUUUCCUGUACUUCCACUUUUGCUUCAUUCAUUGAAAUGCAGAGUUUGACAUUUGUUUUUGACUCAACUCAAAGGGCAUUUUCAAAAUCUACACUCUCUCUACACACUUCCCCUUGAUUUGCAUGCCAUGAUGAGGGUCUUCAACAUUGAGUACCAUCUCAAAUCUCUAAGUGUGGGGCGAUAGUGGAUUGCUGGACCUUUCAACAGCAAGUCUGCAUAGAUGCUGACUGUCUGACCAAUUGUAUCCGAGUGUAUUAUUUGCCUAAGGACAUGCUCUAUAAAUCUAAGUGUCUGUGUUGUAACCUGCACAGGCGUGAAUUGCUUUCAUCAAAAUGAAAAUUGAUUUUAACCUCAUGCAGAAAUUAAUUUGAUUAUAUGCAGUAGACUGAAAAUAAUACCUCUAGAAAAUGCCAUCUAAGAAAAUGUGGAGGGAUUUUUUUGUGAGUCUCAGUGGUUAUUUAUUCAAACUAUUUAUAAUCUGUGUGACAUGUUACCAUAGCUACAUAAAGAUUUUGUUUUUAGGAAAGUGAGGGGAAAUUGUCUGAAGGCCUGCAGCUGUACCUAAUCCCUCUGCUGCUGUGGGUGAGAUUUCAAAUGGAGUGCAACACUUCUGUCCACUGUUGUGGGAGUGGUUUGAGAGAGGACCAGUGUUUGAUUUAGAUGUGAGUACCUGCCUCUGAAAAGGCAAAUAGCCAAUGAUAGUUGAGAAGUUUGGAUUACCUUGGGUGAGCAGUUUUUUUUCCAAGGGGGCCAGCCACCCCUGGCUAACCCUCUGGACACACCCUUGGCAUCAGAAGACAGAGUCUGGUGGUAUUCAGUUUAAGCUACAUGCUGUAUUUAAACUGAUCUUAUGGAAAGGAAGGUGAUUCCUGGUGUGAUCUCAUUAUGAAAAUGAUUGAAAGAGUCUCAUUUUUAGUCUCUCCUUGGUUUUCAUAUCCAGUGUCUGAAAACUCCUCAUUGUUCAGUUGCUCUCUGAUCGCCUGCACCUGCAGUCAGCUGUUUACCUUGUUUCCCUGCUGAGGAAGAGAUCCGCUCCAUGAAAUCAUUUAUUCAGGAUUACUGGAAAGUGGCCUGAGCUCUGCCUGUCACUGUGUGCAUGUGUGUGUUGGAUGUGUUUGUGCAUGCAGUGUGUAGUGUGUAGUGCGUGUGUGUGUGUGUGUGUGUGUGUGUGUGUGUGUGUGUGUGUGUGUGUGUGUGUGUAUAAGUGUGAGAGGAUAGAAAGAUUAAGGCUCUUUUAUGGGUCAGUGGCCACUGUUGCUCUCAGCUAAUUAUGGACUUAAAACACGUACUCACAGGCGUACACCCUCACCCAUGAACACGUACAGAUACACACCCUCUCCUAGCACACCUCUCUCUUCCAGACUGCACUGUGCUGUCACCAUGGUAACAGCAGAUUGAGGGACUUUUCUUCACUGCAACCAUUGCUCAAUUGUUAUCUCUAUUCCUCUUCCUCUUGGUCUGUCUCUCUAUUAUUCUGUCCUCCCACCCUGCUGUGCUUUCUCACACGCACUCAUUCAUUGUCAGUGUGUGUUGUACACCAUCCAUCACACACACUCGGAAAUGCACACUGAUAUGCUCACAAGGGGGAGUGCAGUUCUUCACUCUCAAUCUCACACCUCCUCUUCUUCCUCGUAUUCCUUAGGCUCUCGUAACGCGCUUGGUGGUGUGACGUCCGAACUCUCCCUGCCAAGUAUGGCUGUGUCUCUGUGGUUCCUGGGGGUGUGUGUGUUCACGCUGGCAAACGUCUCCCCCUCCAGCCAAGGUAAGCCUCCCGGUGCUGAGGUCCAAUCAUGUCUGGAUGUUGAUCUCCACACCUCAAUCAACAGAAUGAAUCACAAAAAACUUUAAAUGAAAGUUAGAGGUGAGGAGAGGAAGGCAAAGUCAUCUUGGCCGGGAAAUUCAGUGACCUACAUAAUCAAAAGCUUACCCAAACGUUUGAUGUGUGCAGCUUGCCAAAGGGAGCGUUCAAGAAGCUGCCUGUAGCUCUCAGUUAAUGAACACUCAGUCAUUCAGCACCACGGACAGUUACACUACACCGGCAGCAUACUGAUCGCACCCACAUGUUUGGUUUAAGAGUGGGUUUAAUCCCAGUACAACAGCAUCACCUUUCAUGCUCAAGAUGCUUGGAACAGCUGGAUUACAAUGAUGUUAAUGUGAUUUCUCACGUUCCUUUCACGGAUUAUAAAGAGAGUCAGGUGAGUUUACACAUAGAGAUGUGACAGGGUGGGAUCAAGCUUUUAAAAUGAAAAAAAGAAUUAUAUAUAUAACAUGAUCUUACACUUGUCAGAUUGUGUUUACCCAGCGUUUGACAGCUGCUGGUGUAAGCCUUCUUCUCCCUGCUGAGUUUAAAGACACGAUGUCGUGAUAAAACCACACAUGACAUCGUAUGAAGGUGUCAAGAUGGAGGCGCAGUGUGAUUUAUGCCGGUGAACAUGUUCUGCUUACAUCUGGGGAUCUUUCUAGUGAAAGCUUUCGCACAUGUGAGCAUGAAGAAUGAAUUACAUCAGAUAUGCGGUGUGAAUGCGCAAAUGCGUGUGAACUAUGUUAUGCUUACAUCAGAUGCAGGUCUGGCUUUGAUUCAACAGAUCACAAUAAAAUAUCAAAACAACGUUAAACAGUGACACAAACAGAUCUGCAGCAGUCUUAAAAUACAGAACUUAAUCAAUCUGUACUCAUUUUUGUACUCUUCAUGUGCUAAUGAAGAGUACAUUUUCAUUAUUCUAAGUGCCGUGAUUGGAUCUUUCCAACAUCAGGAAAAAAAAAUAUCCAGAUGUCAUCAGGUGCCUUAGCUUUAUACUCUAAAUGCUCCACAGACUCACCAUAAGUGAUUUUUAAAAAUCAUUUCUUGGCCUCUGCUGCUUAAAUUUGGACAUUUUUACAAUGCAUGAAAUGUGGCCCUAUAGGCGUCCUGUGUUGUCUCGACUAAUGUAACUCAACUGUUAGCAGGCUGAUUGAGACUCUGUAUCUCCAGAGGAUGAACCACAAUUCAAAUUAUCUUAAUUUCAAAGGUUGACUGUAAUAUUUUCAAGCAAAGCCACAACAAAUGUAUUUCUACGCACAUUUAAAAACAUGAACCAAAAUGAUUACUACCAAAGGGGACAAUAAAAUUAUAAUAAAACCCUAAUAAGACUGUGAGCACCCACAGACACAAUAAUACAAGUAUUGAAUAAAAUAUGAGAAUAAUAAGCUAAGAGCUGAGGAAAACCAAGCAGCAUAAAAAUAAAAGAUCUGCUGGACAAUAUAGAAUACAGAGUGGACAAGAGCAGACAAGGUCAUCUUAAGUUGAAUGGCCUCAAGAGGAGAUGGGACUUGAAAAUGUCAAGCUGCUGAGCAGAUCUUGUAAGGAUGGCCAGUCUAUUCUUAGGAUAGACCACUGCAAAGGCUCAAUCUCCUCUCUUUUUAAUCUGAAUUUCUAACUAACAAGAGCGACUUCUUUGUUGAUCAAAAGGGUUUAAUUGGGGUGUGAUAGCUCAAGAGAUCAACAAUAGAGUAAAGGUGCCAAUUUUUGUAAAACCUUGACCACAAUCAAUACAAUCUCAAAGUCAGUCCUGACACAGACAGAAAGUCAAUGCAGAGAGCAGUCUGGUAGUGAAGUUACCGAGGUCUCAAGUCCUCAGAGUUUCAGUCUGAGUCACUGAAGGAGAAACUGCAUUUCCCUGUAGCACAUAAAUAAUAUUAUAUCAUACUUUCUCAGCAGAAAUGAAUUCAGUAUUAACUUACCAAUGAUCAAGUUUACAUAAAAAAAUCAAAGUUACAUAUACGUACAGUGAAUUCUGGGUUUGAAAAACUACUUUGUCCUUUGCCUUUUCCCCUCUCUGCCUUCUCCCAUCAUCCCAUACAGCCAUGUCUCGGGCUGCCAUGCCUUUCGGGCUGCUGCGUAGAGAGCUGGCGUGCGAGGGUUACCCCAUUGAACUACGCUGCCCCGGAAGUGAUGUGGUCAUGGUGGAGACAGCCAACUAUGGACGCACUGAUGACAAGAUCUGUGACGCAGACCCCUUCCAGAUGGAGAACACACAGUGUUACCUUCCUGAUGCACUAAAGAUUAUGGCCCAGAGGUGUGUAUGUGUGAAUGUGCCCAAAUCACUCAGCUCAAAUCACACUGUCAAGAUUUUAACAAAAUUUUAGCAUUCUUAUGCAAAGAUGUCUUAAACAGUAAAACCAAUCGAUCAAUCAGAACAUCACUGUUGGUACAUGCAGUGUGUGCACACUGCUGUAACAUGCAUGUGGACUCAUGUAAGUGGAAACAUGAGACAAAACCAAUAGGUGUGUUGUUAGUCAUGUGCCUCUGAGUGUGUGCAGUAAUUUGUCCAGCUGAGUGCAAGUGCCUGGCUGCACCAUUAAUUGUGUACUCAGCAGUGUUUUCCUCCAAGAACUGAUCAAUAUUCAGCAAGAGAGUGAGAGCAGACAAAUAGUGUCCUUUGCCUCUCCUUUCCUGUCUGUUAAUCACUCUUCCUUCUGUCUUUGUUUUCUCAUUCUGUCAUCCGUCUGUACAUCAAUUCAUCCAUCUAUUUGUCUGCUGUCCUCCAGGUGUAACAACAGGACUCAGUGUGUGGUGGUCGCAGGGGUUGACGUCUUCCCAGACCCCUGUCCCGGAACAUACAAGUACCUGGAAAUCCAGUAUGAGUGCGUCCCUUACAGUGAGUAUGAAUCUAUAUAGCCACAAUCUGAAAGGUAUACAAAUGUUAUUAAGAAUAAAUAUGUGCACAUGCAUGCAAACAUAGAUACACACAUGUAUUUAACUUAAUAAUGUUGAGCUACAUUUAAGAUCUAUAAGGGCCUGUGUCCACCAACUGCAACUUUUGCUCCAGCAGUGCCCAUAACCACAAUUUUUGAGAGCCUCUCAUCUAUACUUAAUGAAAUUAGGUUAGAAAAGUUGAUUCAUGACACUUCCUCUUCUCUUUGUAGUGACUGUGAAGUCUGCUUUAAAAUGCUCUGCGUGCUUUUUAUUUGCUGUCAGUCAGAGGCGUUGUCAAACAAAAACAAAAACUCAUGUUGUAGCAUUAGCAGCAGCUCCAGACCUAAAAUAACAGUACCAACACAUAAGUGUGGUUAGUAUCUCUGCUGCAAGAUACUCCACCAUUGUUAUUGUUGAAACUGGUAUCAGGAGCCCCGCCCCCUCUUUAUUUUGUUUGGUUGGUGAUGUUGACAAGUGCAGCAGAUUUCUGCAAGAUGACUUUUUGUAAACCGAGAGAGCUGUUCGUGCAGCCAUUAAAGGCGUGUCUGAAUGAAGGGUGCUAAAUACUGAAAACGCCAGACUAAAGGGAACAAAAACAAGAGCUGCCAGCACAAAGAAUGGCAUUGGUGGACACAGGCCCUAAGAGUGUGUUUCCUCUUUCCAAAAUGUUUGAUGUCAACUAUUUUCACAAAAAUGUUGAUGAAUAGAAGUUUUUUUUUUUUGUUCUCAGGGAGUGUGUGUGUGUGUGUGUGUGUGUGUGUGUAUAUGUAUGUGUACGUGUAUGUGUGUGAUACACAAAUAAAAGUAAGGUAGACAAAGUACAGACAGAAAAACUGUAGGAUGUUUGCAUACUGAUUGUGUGUGUGUGUUUGAGGGAGAGUGCAUGAGUGAGUGAGAGAGAGAGAGCAAGAGCGAGAACCCGUGUGUGCAUGCGUGUGUGUUUUCUUUUGCAGACUCACGCCACAGGAGUUGCUCUCUUUUCUCCACAGGAGCCUGAUUGAGGAAAGGAGAGAUCGGGGGAGGAGGAGGGAGGGAGGGAAAAGAGGGGGAGAGGAGGGGAAAAGAGAGGAAAGGAGAGAAGAGGAAAGGAGGGGAGAGGAGAGGAGGGGAGUUUGCCGGGUCUCUUUUGUGCUUCUUUCUUUUGUGAUCUGUAAUGUUUGUGGCGAGAAUGAGUUCCAAAGUCUUUAUCUGUGCAAUUCUUUCUUUCUUCCCUUCUUCCUCUCCUCUGCUUGCUUUUCUUGCUUCUCUUUACUUCCCUUCUUUCACCCUCUGACUGCUCUUUCUUUCUCUCCCUCUUUUUUUUCCUAUGCUUGAGUAGAAGUGGACCAAAAAGGUAAAGACAAUACAUUGUAGCAUCUUGAUCUCUCCUUAUCCCCCGACCCCCUCUCUUUCUCUUCUUCUCUUCCUCUCUGCUGCCAUCUCUCUCUUCCUCCUACCCUAGGACGUUGUUUGGUAGUCAUGCUGGAUGUUGCCCUCCUUUUUUUUCAUUUCCUACUUUUAUUUUCCUCAUUUUAUCCAUCUCUUGUUGUAUGAAAACCCCAUCUUUUAUCCAGAUUUAUCCAGGUUCUGCACCUAGUCUCUCUUUUCUAUCCUUUCUUCUCUCUACAGUUUCUUCCACUCUUCCUCUCUUGCUGCUGAUCGAUCAUUCUGUCCCUUCUUGUCUCUUUCCUCUCGGUGCACACACAAACAUAGACACAGUCUUCUUUUUUACACUUUUACUGCUGUAUUUUCUACACCACAUACAAGCACCUUUCUUUCUUUCUUUCUUUCUUUCUUUCUUUCUUUCUUUCUUUCUUUCUUUCUUUCUUUCUUUCUUUCUUUCUUUCUUUCUUUCCUUCCUUCCUUCCUUUUCUUCAUCCAUCACUUCUUUCUUGUCCAAUCAUCCUCCUCAUGCUUAUUUUCCCUUUUUCUUCCCCUAUAGGAAGAGUCCCUUAUUUAUCUUCAUAGGAAAAAUAAGACCAAAUGUGUGUGAUUAUUUAUCCGUCUGGAUGUGUGCUUAUCAAGCACUGCUUAUGUGUGUGAGUGUGUGUGCAUGCCUAUCUGCAUGCCAGUGUGAGACUGUUCAGUAAACGUGUGUCCAUGCAGUUAUUGACAUGUGGGUGGACCAAUUGUUGUGCUUGGCGUAAACUAACCAGCCCUCUCAUUCACUUCAAGGCAAAAUUCAGCCCCGCCUUCUGCGUCCCUGAUUCUACCUCACACUCUUUGUCACUCUUUUUGCACUAACCAACACACACAAACUCACAUGCACAGACAAACAAAGCACAUAAAUACACUCACACACCUUUCAUUGCAGUGUCCCUGUUGUAUUACUCACCACACACACACUAACAGUGUGUGAUUUCAGCACUUAUACGUCUCUUUGCUUGCCUCUUGAAAUCAGCACAGGUGUUUUAAAUCUCUGAUUUUCUCUUCAUCCAUUUUUCUUCUUGCUGCAUCAAAUGCAUCUAAUUCAUUCAUUUUUCAUGCAUCUAUUCAUUCUCUCCCCUCACCUGCCUCCACUUUCUUCCCACUCUUUUCUCUUUCACACCUUCUUCCUCUCUUUCCGCUUUCCUCUCCACCCUACUUCCUCUCUCUCUUUUUUCUCACAUACUGCUGUCGCCCCCUUCUUGCUUCCCUCCUCCAGUUUUUGUGUGUCCUGGCUCGCUGCUCAGCAUCCAGCCAGCCUCCUCUCUCCUAGAGGCGGAGCAUCAGUCGGGGGCAUGGUGUAAGGACCCGCUGCAGGCUGGUGACCGGCUGUACGUCAUGCCAUGGACGCCGUACAGGACAGAGGUGUUGUAUGAGUACUCCUCAUGGGAUGACUACCGCCAGAACAGAGUCACCACCACUUACAAGUGAGUAGUCUGUGCGUGUGUGUGUGUGUGUGUGUGUGUGUGUGUGUGUGUGUUAACUCAAAGAGUAUAUUUUAAAAGUCUACAAUAUGUAUAUCAAACGGGUCACAAGAAAUUAAAAUACAAACUCUGUCUUAAAGAAACAUUAGAGCCAUUAUAAAAGCAAAACAUUUUAAAUGUUUAGUCUCAUUACUUAAAAUGUACAAAAAAUGUAUGGAAGAGAGAAAAAAACAUUAAGGGAGAAAAAAAAUUAAGAUUUUGAGAAUAAAGUUUUAGAUUUAUGAGAAUCAAGUCAUAAUAUUACAAUAAUAAAGAUUUGUGAAAUAAAAGUUUCUGUAUUUACGGGUAAAAGUUGUAAUAGAAUGAGAAAAAGGUUUUGAGAAAAAGUCAUAAUAACAAGCUUUGAUCCAUCUUCUGUAGGCUAAAGUUACAUUAAAAAUGAGGACUGUGGAUCAUCUCAUGGGCAAACAGGGUUGGCAGAAGCAGACACAAGCUGACUCUUAGAUUAUCUGCCUUACUGACAGACUCAGUUUCUUGCGCAGUCAGAUACUUAUGACAUUAUUAGGCUGAUGUGCUUAAAGAUUAAGUAUUCAUUCAUAUUAUGAGAAUAGAUUUCAAUCUCAUGAUUUUUUUAUUAGAUUAAACUUCACAAACAGCUCCACAUUCCUCACUUUCACUUUCGUGUAAGAGGCUGCAGGCUACUCUUCUUUUCAGUCUUUUCAAAAUAGGAUAUAUGCUAACUAUAGCCUGAAAUUGUGAUUUAUUUCCUCCUAAAUCUUAUAAAACUAAAUUAUAACCAUAAUUUCAUCAUCUUCUGUCCAAGGUUGCCAAGCCGUGUGGAUGGUACAGGCUUUGUGGUCUAUGAUGGGGCUGUUUUCUACAACAAGGAGCGAACACGCAACCUAGUCAAGUAUGACCUGCGGACUCGCAUCAAGAGCGGUGAGGCUGUGGUUGUCAAUGCCAACUACCACGACACGUCUCCUUACCGCUGGGGAGGGAAGUCAGACAUUGAUCUGGCGGUGGAUGAGAACGGCCUUUGGGUGAUUUACUCUACUGAAGCCAACAAUGGACGCAUUGUUGUCAGCCAGGUGCAGUAAAAGGAAUGAAAACUGGUUGAGUAAAGAGUAAAGAAGAAAGGGUUUUGUUUCUGAGUUCCUCAUCUUCCUGUGUCUGUGUUACAGGUGAACCCUUACACUCUACGGUUUGAGGGGACAUGGGCCACUGGCUUUGACAAGCGUGGGGCAAGUAACGCUUUCAUGGCCUGUGGUGUGCUCUACGCCGUACGGUCUGUCUUCCAGGAUGAUGAAGGGCAGGCAGAGGGUAGAGUUGGCAGUGACAUGGUUGUCUAUGCCUAUGACACCAGUCGCGGACAAGAGCUGCCGGUUCAAAUCCCAUUUCCCAACCCGUACCAGUAUAUAUCCUCCAUAGACUACAACCCCAGAGACAACCAGCUGUAUGUGUGGAACAACUACUACGUGCUGAGAUACCCACUCCAGUUUACACCCCCACCACCCACUAAAGGUUCGCAUAAACACAUAACAAGCAAACUGAUCAAAUAAAUCAAAGAAAUAAAAUUUAAAAAUCUUAAAAUCACAGCUUCAGUAUCAUAAAGCUCACAUUAUAGGGCUAUGGUUUGCAGCAUAUGAUCAACCACAAACAAGAGUGCUGUCUGUUCAUUCAAGAAUCAGGUUAUUAAAACUCUGUUACCCAUCAACCAUGACAAAAGAACAGCUGCAGUAUUCAAGUCCAAAAAGGACUUCUGAUAAAAAGAUUUAGACUAUUUGAAUAGACAAACUAGGUCUUAUCAUAUCACGGCUCCAUUAUUAGUCCAAGAGUAAAAAAAAAAAAAUGUAUUUUUCCUAAAUGAAUACAAUGACAGUUUACAUGUGCUGCCUGGCUGUGACAGAAAAAGCAAGGGAGCUUACAUAACACAAUCCAACAUACAUAAGUCAAUAGAAAAUAAUGAAUGUUAAGUAACAUAACCCAAUAUUACAUAACAUCACACAACAUAACAGAACAUAACACAACACAUCACAACAUAACAUAACUGAACUUAAUAUAAGAUAACAUACUUUACCAUACUUAACCGUAACGUAACCAAACAUAACAUAACAUAACAUUACAUAACAAAACAUAAUACAACAAAACAUAACAUGAUGCAACAAAACAUAAUACAACACAACAUCACAUCACAUUACACCCCAUAACCCAACACAACACAACUUUACAUCACAUGACAUCUCAUGUCAUGACAUAAAAUAACACAACACAACAUAACAUAACAUAGCAUAACAUAAUGUAACAUCACAAAACAGCAUCUGUACUGAUGAUGAAAAGUUCACUUCAAAGUUAUCUAGCCUGUCUAACGUUCUGCUUAUACCAUGGGCAUGAGGAAAGUUAUUACACAGACGUUUAAUGCCCUAUAAUUGCUCACAUGGUAAUCCUUGAUGAGGGAAAUUAACCUCCAAAGAGGCAGAAACCCUGAGCAAAACCAGACAGGAUAGACAGAAUAGCAGAAAUUGGGACACGGUUAGGAGACAGUAGACAGGGUAAUGUAGAAGUAUAAGAGAAUUGUUUUUUUCUCCUCAGGUCCUCUCUCCUCCUUGAUGACAACCGUUCGCUCCUACACAGCCACUGUCGCCCUGACACCAGUGCGCCCUUCGGCAUCUCACCCCAUUGGCGUCAUUAACAGAGGACCAUUUGACCAGAGGCCCAUCACAGCCAUGGUCCCUCUGACCCCACGUCCACCUUUGCGUGUCCCUUUGGCUCCUGGAGCCCCUGGUCAGGUGGGAGGGUGUGAGGGCCGGGUGGCAAGAGGAGUGCAGUGGCCGCCUACCUUAAAGGGAGAGACAGUGGAAAGACCCUGUCCCAAAGGGUCACUGGGUAGGUGUAGUCCAUAUGAGAAGUUUUGUGUGUAUAUGUGUUUGUGUGUCUGUGUAUCUUGUUUCCCUUUGAAAUGUAGUCGAGUGUCCCCUCUAUGAACUUGCCCUCAGAUGAGCGAGAGCAGGGAAAAAAGGUUUUGCUGCUGAUACCAGCCGGGUUCAUCAACUUUCUGUCUCGCUGUGCAGCUGUCUCCAGCCCAGUGCUCGCUGUGAGCAGAAGCUGUUAUGCAGAUUAUGCAGAUAAGCCUGCGGUGCAUUUAGCCUCAUUCUAAUCAUGUUGAAUGGUUUGGACAUGGUUUUAGCACAGAGGUGAUGAUAACACUGGGGAAUAAUCUAAUGUUUAAUCAUGUUUAUAGCUGAAAAUUGGUGUGGCUGUUUAUGCUUAUAAUUAAUUUGCAGAACUGGUGCGUGACAGACUCUCUAGUCCAAUUUUAAUAAAAUAUUUUGUAAACAAAACAGGAUUUUAUGUAAAAACUUUCAAACAAGUCAUGUAAAACCCCAUAGAUUAUCACUUGAUUUCUGCUCUAGGAGCUCUUCAAGUUGAUCAAUCUUAUAGUUUUACUUUUUUGUUUAAAAAUCCUGAAUAACAAAGUAUGAAACAAGCACAACAACAAAUGGUGGAAAAAGAAAGUGAUUAGUUGUUGAUGAGAGUAAAACGAGCUGAAGCCAAGAAGUCAGCUACCCAGAUGGUUGGUAAGGACUCAUAAAGACUGAAAGAGUGAUUAAAUACUGUGAAAAUAUAGUUGUUUCCUCAGAAGACAAGCCAAAAAACUCUCCAAACGGAUAGCUGUUGCACCCGAUCUGCUCAUUUUUUGUAUAGGCCUUUUCUUCUGUUGCUAACAAUAAAGUUGAGAGUUUUUGAUACUUCACACCUGUUACUCUACAACAGGGCACUGAUAUUUUGAAAAACUGAGGCCAAAAUGUCAGAAAUGCUAUCUGUAAUUCAUAUCCCCACAUGGAUGACAAGCCUCCUUAUUCUUAUGAAAAAGUGACGCCAAAAUACGGCCUCAAAUGGCUCUGAUUGAACUUGUAUAGUGACCUUUUUCAAGCCAAGACUGUCGCAAAAACGGUCUCACUGGUGACGCCAUAAGACUGAUGUUGCACCCCGUCCGCUACCCAAAGUACACAUUUAACUUACCGAUAAGACGUCUUAUUCCCUCAGGUCAGCACAGGUCACAGCUGAACGGAUUCCUGUUGAUUUAUGGCAGUCACUCGCGGUUAUGGAAAGGUCAAUGACUCUCCUAUCAGUAUUUGUUAUUUUUCCUCUUGCUGUUUCUCCUCAACCCUGCUAAAAACUGCUGCAGGAGCCUGCAUUCAUCAAAAGAGCUGUCAAUCAUAGCACUGCAUUCCCUCUUUUUUUUUUUAUAUCAAACGUAGUGUUAAAAUGUAACUUUUUAAAAAAGAACUUUCACAUAAAUCAGCAUGACAACUGCCUGCUAUGAAAGCAGUUUGACGUUUCAGAAAAAGAUAUAUUUUUUAUGUAAUUUAAUUUUCUACUCUGUUUUAAUGGAAGAAGCUGGCUUUAACUCUGCCUACUGUCCCCAAAGGGAUCUCUGACUCAGCAUCAUUUUUCUAAAACGAUGUUCUCAGUCUUGGGCCAAAUCAAGGUUGUUAUGGACCCAUCAUGUGAAGUAGCAUCCUGUGGCCCAUAUUAUUCUUCAGAGAAGAGAGGAUUAACUGAGCAAUAACUAAGUACAGACAAGAGCAGUGUUCAUGGAAGUCUUUGGACUGACAGACAUACCCUCAUAUCAGAUUUCACUCACUGGAUGCUGCAGAGGAAAGUCUUUACUUUCUCUGAUGCCCCAGUGGAAUGGAUGUCUUAUGUCUCUUCCCUAAGUUCUUUUUCUCCCUCCCUUAAUUUCCUUGCAACUCUCUAUGUAUCUUUGUUGGGAGGGAGUCAGACACAGGAAAAAGAGGCAAGAGAGGGAGGUCUGUAACUUUAGAGAAGUCAGAUGUGGCCUAAAAGUUUGGGCUUUGGGGGAGCUGUUGUGCCAUCCAUGUGUGGUACAGUCAUAUAAACAAGUUAUUAACCCGAUUUUUUUUUUUUUUUUUUUACGUUUCUAUGCAACUUAGAAUGUGUAACAUAAACUAAAAUCAUCCUGUAUAUCAAACUCUUACUGUAAAAACUAUAACUGAUAUAAACAGUGGGCUCUUUAUUUUACAAUUUUUCUCAGUCCCUUUGGUGUAUUUCUCACAUCACUAUUAACAUUUGCACAACAGUUAGUGCAUUUCUCAGAACAAUUAGUACAAACUGCAAAACCUAGUGGAUAACCUGCAAAAGCACGUCACUUGCUCAAAAUGAAUAGUUCAUUCCUCAAAAGCAAGUAUUCAUGUCAAUGAAAGUGUCUGUGUCAUCAAAAUAAUUAGUCCUGACACUAUUGUUUAUGAACAAGACAGUCAAAUGGAUUUGUCAUGUUUUCAUUAUGACAGUUCACUCUCUCUGUGUUUUCCAGGGCAAAAAAGUCAGAUCUUGGUGACACUACAUGAAAAUGCUAAAGACAGCACUGUACACUAGCUGUACAGCCAUUUGAAAACUACAGUAAAGUUACACAUUACUGUAUUUAGUGAGGUAACUGAGUACAAGACACGUGUAUGUUUCACAUGUUUACUGCAUAUGCUCUCUACAAUUCUACAGCAUUGUGAAGAAAAAAAAAAAAAAUCACAGUCACUUAUUUAGAACAACCAUAAGAUUCACAGUGGUUCUCCCAACCUUUGGUUGCACCCGUUGACCAGCCUCAGCCAUAGUUAGGCUGUAAUUGACAACAUGGUCCACAAGUGUAGCCCCAGUUUCAUCAGGGAUUUGUACUACACCUCUUCUUCCUCUGCUCCUGUUUAGUCCCCUUCCUUCCCGCAUUCUCACCCCUCCUCCAUGACACUGACCUUCCAUUUUUGUGUCACAGAAUUGUAGAAAUGGUACAAACAAUGUCCUGCUUGUUUACGUAUGCUUGCUAAGUGAGGAUUCAUGGGAUUCAGCUCUGAGUGACUCUUGACAAGUGGCUUGUCACUGGUUACAACUAAUGCUUCGCACAUUUAGUAAAUUGUCUUACAGAUUUUGAGAACUAGUUCCACAAUUUUGUAUGUACUGACUCAAGCAAUGAAAUGAGGACUAUUAGUUUUAUAGGGAAUGACUAUUCAGCAUUCAUAAGUAUAGUUCAUUUUGACUGACAUGACAGAGGCAAAUGAUAAUGUUAUAAAACAGUAGAGAAUUGUAUGAAGGUAACUGAUACAUGUCCAAGAGCAUUUGCAAUUUGUUCAGAGGAAUUAGAAACUGCUAUAAUGAUGUGCACAAAUGACUCAAUGUUGUGAAGGUUGAACUAAUAGUUGUGAGAACUUUCAUUGUGACCUGAGAAAUGCACCAAAUCAACUGAGAAAAUCUGUAAUGAACAUACUGAAAAAAGUUAAAACAAUUGGAGACAAACAGACACAUUCCCUAGUAAACAUGAGUGGUCCUCUGUCCUAACUGUUGGUGCCUCUCUGUCUGUCUGUCUGUCUCUCUCUUCAGGUAUUGCUUCCUAUCAGUGCAUGCAGACGCCUGUAGGCUGGAGCUCCAGAGGACCUGACCUUUCCAACUGCACCUCUCCCUGGGUCAGCCAAAUUGCACAGAAGGUUAGUUGUACACAGACAUAGCCUACACACGCACACACACACUUUACCAGACAAUUCCCUUAAAGCAAUUCAGCAACCAGGUCUCUUUUAAAUGUCAGAAUAUUUGACAUUAUAAACACCCCCUCUCACCACAGAUUAGAAGUGGGGAGAAUGCGGCUAACAUCGCUGGAGAGUUGGUCAAUCUGACACGUGGGCGUAUCUACGCCGGUGAUGUCAGCAUGUCUGUCAGGUUGAUCGAACAGCUAUUGGACAUCCUGGACUCUCAGCUCCAGGCCCUGAGACCGGCCAAUAAAGAGUCAGCAGCUCGCAAUUAUAACAAGGUAAAAUGUCCCUGUGUUCAAUGCUGAUGUGUACUUGACCUUUGGUGGAAAUGAGAGCGGAAAUGUCAGCGAUGAUGACUCUGAAAGAAAAUGUUUUUUCUGCUUUUCAGCUGCAGAAGAGGGAACGGACAUGCAGAGCCUACGUACAGGUACAGUUGAUAGAUAGAUAGAUAGAUAGAUAGAUAGAUAGAUAGAUAGAUAGAUAGAUAGAUAGAUAGAUAGAUAGAUAGAUAGAAAGUUAGAUAGAUAGAUAGAUAGAUAGAUAGAUAGAUAGAUAGAUAGAUAGAUUGAUUGAUUGAUUGAUUGAUUGAUUGAUUGAUUGAUUGAUUGAUUAAAAUUGUGUCUUUCUCUCCAUCAGGCGGUGGUUCAGACAGUUGAUAACCUGUUGGGUCCAGAGGCUUUGGUGUCCUGGGCCGACAUGAGCGGCAUCGAUCAGUCCCGUUCAGCAUCAUUGCUGCUAGACGCGGUGGAAAAAGGAGCAUUUUUGUUGGCGAACAAUCUCUAUGAAGGCCGUUUUAGUGACAGGACGCCAAAUGUUGGUGCGUGCCUGAUCUUAGUAUCCUCUGUGAUGUUGCUUGAAUUCCUCGAAGAUUUGCAGCCAAGAUUAUGUUUUUGUGUGUGUGUCUCUUCUUUUGUGUGUGUGCAGAUGUGGAGGUGUAUGUGCUGAAUACAGAGGCUGACAUUCAGGACCUGACUUUCCCACAUUCGUAUGACAGUGACAGCAUCCUGCAGAUAUCAGCACUGGCUCUGCAGCAGUACAGCAACAACGGUCAGUGACACCAAAACAAACUUAUUGUUGAAAGUUCAGCACUAUAAGGUGCAAAAACCAGGGUCAGUAAAUCAAAGAAAACCAGAGGAGAUAUUUUAUGAAAGUGACAAAUAUGUUUGUAUUUUUGUUGACUUUUUCUCCUCUCUGUUGUCUCUGCAGGUCAGGUGAAGCUGGUCCUCACUCUCUAUAAGAACCUUGGCUCUUUCCUGACCACCCAGAACUCCACCCUGCGGCUCGGACUAGGACUCAGCCAAGGGUCAGAGGUCAGGCGUAGGAGUCUAGUGGUCAAUUCGCAUGUCAUCUCUGCCUCUGUACACAGAGGAUCCAAUAGAGUUUACCUCUCUGAGCCUGUGAUCUUCACUCUCAGGCAUCUUCAGGUCUGUUAAAAAAGCUUAUUGCUGUAAAACUGACUUUCAGGCUGAUCUUAAUUUUGUGCUUAUGUCUUUUAUUGGCUCUAAUAAGUGUUUGUUUCCACAGCUUGAGAACCACUUUGGCCCCAACUGCUCUUUCUGGAACGCAUCAGGGGUUUCUGGGAGCGGCAGGUGGUCGACGCAGGGCUGCCGCCUGUUACACACAAACAACACACACACUACCUGCGCCUGCAACCACCUGUCCAGUUAUGCUGUCCUCAUGACGUAUCAGCAACCUGCUGUGAGUAGCUCACACCACAUAAACAACAUGAAUCAGCCUUUAAUUCACUGCGAUGACAGAGCAGAGACGGAGCCUGUUUGUAGUUUUUGUCUAUGUAAAGUCUCUCUAAUAACUAAAACAAAUCACAGAAUGACCGUUAUUUGAACAUUUAAACAUAAAAACAAGGACCAACCUCAUUUUUUAGAAGUAUAUCCAGGUGAACUGAUCUCCUUUUUUUAUGUUUAAUAUAGAAUUACAAAAUCAGGCUUCAGGAAUACUGUGUAACCAUAUUAGCUUUUAGUAUAUUGAAUCUUGGAAAUACUGAAUUAGUAUUCAUACAGCGUUGCCGAUAGCUGUACUUUAUUUUCCUCUACAUGUAUGAUGUGAUAAGAUCAAGUCUUUGCUGUUACGCAAAGGCGUCCUGACUCCAUCCUUAUGCACCCGUUUUCUGUAGCCUAGUUCGGCUCCCCCCUCCCCCUCUGUGCUCUAAAAACACUGUUGUUUAAAAGUCAGCCGUGGAGGGGUGAUGAUUAUACGCUGUAAAUGAGACGGAUUGAUAAAUGCUGCAGGCUGUUUAGUCCUGCCAUGAAAUUUAAUUAAGGUUCUCAGUGCAAGAUGUUCUCUUUGUGCGGUGUGAUUUAAGUCGUUUGAAUGGAUGUUAUGUAACACACUGAUAUACACAACCAGAGGGAACGACACACAAGCAGUGCAAAAUCAUCACCGCAUGGUUUAACUUUCAUCCUCUCCGAUAAUCAGAUUAAAUGGUGAUCUGUUUUCUGCUCUUUCUCUUCUGUCUGUCCUCCUCAGUUUGGUGUGGGUGUGGAGGAGCUUCUUGUCUAUGUGGUUUCCUGGGUGGGCAUCUCUGUGGCUCUGGUGUGUUUGGCCACCUGUCUUACCACCCUAUGCUGCCAGGGGGCGCCGUGGCACACUGACCAUAGCACCAUCCACUGUAACCUGUGGGCCAACCUGCUGAUUACAGAGCUGCUAUUUCUAGUUGGAGCGAACAAGACUCAGUACACAGUGAGUGAUCUUAUAUAAGAUGUGAAAUGCAAUCAUAUUCAGACAAGAGGAGAGGCUGAGUGCGAGGAAAUGUUGAGUUAUGUGUAAUACACUUUCUGAGUAUUCUAAACUGCCCUGAGAUUCUUUAUGUCGUUGAUUGACCUCGUUCAAACCCCCUAAACAGGACGUAGUUUCUUGGUUUAAAAAAAUCUAAUCUAUAUUGAAUUUUUACCCAAUUUUAAGAUACAAAAAUUCACAGAAAUAUUACUAAUAUUUGUUAAUUUUAUAAUAAACUAUUGAUGGACAUGUACAAAAUACAUUUAACCCUUAAUGAGCAUAGACAGUCACAGCAAAAUUAGUAAAAAAUGUGAAUUAAAAAGAGAGAGAGAGAGAGAGAGAGAGAGAGAGAGAGAGAGAGAGAGAGAGAGAGAUCAAAUGUAGUUAUUGCAUAAUUGCAUUGAUGUGCAGUAAAACUUUGAUGAAAUAAUACUCAGAUCUAAAAUCACAAUAAAUGUAUUUUCCUUGAGAGAGCUUAAGUAGUUUAAGGUCUGAAGCUGUUUUGGUGAACAAUAAACCCCUCUGUUUUAACUUAGCUAAAGAAAAUGUUUGAAAUGUGCUCUACAGCAGUGAUGAGUGUCCUGAAGAUAAAAGAGAAAAGGACAGACUAAAAUGAUAGUCUGUUUCUAAUGAGUCUGACAUAUUACAGGUGCAGCAAUUUCAAGCAAAGUACUCAAAAGCUUUUGAGCUUUACAAUUCUAAUAGGCAAAGUCAGAAUAGAUUACAGUAAAUUCAGUAAAUGGUUUUUAUAAGGUAAUAUUUGAAACACUUUGAAAAGUCAAAAUAACUGCCCCUGUAGUUUUGGAGAAAAAGCAUUUUUUACAUCCUCCUCCUCUCUCUGAAUAAUCAGGUCGUGUGCUCCAUCAUCGCCGGCCUGCUGCACUUCUCUCUGCUUUCGGCCUUCUGCUGGUUGUGUCUGGAGGGUGUGGAGCUCUACCUACUGCAGAGGGAGGUGUUUGAAGGACGCAACUCCAGGAGGAAGUAUUUCUAUCUGUGUGGGUACUCCAUCCCCGGGCUGGUGGUGGCGGUGUCUGCAGCCAUAGACUUCAGAGGCUACGGCUCCAAAUCAGCGUAAGUUAAUAAACUGAUGUGUGUGCUGCUCUCAGCAUUUGAACUCUGUUGUGUCAAAGCAGACUGAUGAUUACUUCAAAGUCUAUUUUUUUUUUAUUUACUGUGAUUGGUGUGUGCUUCUUUAUAUGUGUAUGUGGGUGUAUAGAUGCUGGCUACGGACAGACAAUUACUUCAUCUGGAGUUUUCUAGGCCCUGUCGCUGCCAUCAUUACGGUAAGUGUUUACUUUGUCGCACUGCUUUUCUUACUCUUCUAAUCAUCAUUGUGUAGUAACAGCAUGUGAUGAAUUCAAAGAUGUUAAUUAGUGUUUGCUGUUUGUUAUUUUUGGCCUCAGAUGAACCUGGUUGUCUUAGUGAUGACCUUACAUAAGAUGCACAGCACUGCUGCGUUAAAGCCAGACUCCAGUCGCCAUGACAACCUGAGGUAAGUAUGCUGAUCUGUUGUGGUGAUUAAAUGAAGAGUUUAUUAUGUCUCUGUCAAUCUUUUCUGAUUAGCUUGUUACAUUUUUAAGCUAUUUCUUAACGUUGACUUUUUUAACUUUUAAACACAACUAAAGGGGUUUGUUUCUUGAAUCUCAGCCAGGCUGUCAUAUGAUAAAUCUAGACCCACAAGAGAUUUAAAAUCACUUAAAAUAUUCAAAACUUAUCCUAGCUGACUUGAGUAAAGAGUGUAAAUGUCAUAAAACAAUGUGAUGUGGUCUUUUUUAUUCUAGUAAAGCUCCAGUAUUUUGUUGAUCAGCAGCAUUUUAAACUUUCAAGCCUUUGAAAGGCCAAAAUAAAAUGCGCUGCAGCAGACUUGACAGCAGCAUGAACUAUGUAGAGUUUGCAGUUUUUUGAGCGAGUAAAGGUCAAACCUUAAAAAUGCUGUAUGAAUCAAAAGCACAGCAGACGGACCGCACACAGUGAUGGGAAAACAGAUUUAGGGUGUGAAUUACUGAAGUCAAGCAAUUUCAAUAAAGUGGUUGCACAGAAAAGUUUGUCAGAUUGCAGGUUUAUCCAAGUUUUUUUUAGUUUUUGUUGAAAUUUCUGGAUGGUUUGUGGUUACGGCACUUAGCUGAAGAGGACAGAUGGAGGAUUUGUGCUGGGCAUUUGCAAGUAUAGAGGUUUUAUAAACCCACGCUCUUUUAGUUCAGUCAGAGUUCAAAUAAUUCACUUCGACCUUGUGUCUGCCCUCUUUGUUUGUCUACAGGGCGUGGGCGGUGGGCUCCCUGACUCUGCUUUUCCUGCAGAGCGUUACAUGGUCCUCCGGCCUCAUGUUCCUGUCUGCUCCAUCUCUCCUCCUGGCCUACCUCUUUUCCUCCCUCAACACAGCCCAGGCCCUCCUCAUCACCAUCCUGCACUGCACGCUUGCCAGAAAGGUCAGAGUUCAUAUGUCACAGUAAUUUGAUUACAGUUUAUUCUAUCUCCAUAAACAGACCUUGAACUGCAACAUGUCCAUACAUAGAUAACCGAAAUCUAUAGUCAAUAUAAACAUGCCUGGUGUAUAUAAAAGGCAUACAACAUUUGAAAGGAUAUGAAAUAAUAAAAUCUUAAGCUGACAGUAACACCCAUUCAUAGUGAAGCUGAGACUUAAUAGAAACAGAUAAGUGGGUGCUCUUCUUUUGGAUAUUAUGAACAAUGCAGACAUAUCUAGGAGUGUGUUUCUUCCUCCUAAACUCUGUAAUCAGAGUGAAAUCAACGUAGCACACCAAAAAUGUCUCAACUUAAGGUCAUUUAUCACCAACAACUGCAAAGGACAUUCAUGCCAUCACAGGCAUCUGACAGCUUAUGAUUUAUUCGAUUGCAUGCAUCGUAAUGUAACAGCAAAAUCUGUCAGUGAGAUUAAAACAUCUUUUCAAAUGCGUCUUGUAGGGUCAGAAGGAUUAUGGUCGCUGCCUGCGUCUCUCGCAGUGCUGCGUCACUUCUUCCUCCAGCUCUCCUGACUCGGUGAAGGGUGCUGCUCUGCGCUCAAACAGCCGCUACACCAGCAGCCAGAGUCGGAGAGCAACAGCUAACAGACAGGUACAUUUUAAAAUUCUUUAUCUCUGUCUGUAGAUGUUUUUUUCUCACUCUCUCUGUGUCUGAGUCAGCUUGACCUUGCAUGGAUUAUUUCUGCUCCAGAGUCGUAUCAGGAGGAUGUGGAACGACACUGUUCGCAGGCAGACUGAGUCUUCUUUCAUCGCUGCAGACGUUAACAACACUCCCACUCUUAACCGUGGUAAAAAAAAACUGUUUUUCUUUUAAAUCUCUGUCUGCCCCACUGUCGUUCAAGAGUGUUUUAAGUGUUUUAAUCUCUCCUACGCUCCACCCUCAGCUCCUUUAGGGAACCACUUCCUCACAAACCCAGUGUUGCAGACUCAUACUGGAGCAUCUCCUUAUGACACCAUGUUGGCACAGGGAUACAACCAGCCCUUCAGUGCCACAGGUACUUCAUAUUUAGCUUUGUGUCUACUUUCUUGUUAAUCGUUUUUUUUAUGACACAGUUUAAUGUCCCCCUUUUUGUUAUUUUUUACUGUUUCUUACUGUCCUUUUUGUGUGUUUUCUCUGUACUCAGAUAUUCUUUACUCUGUCCACUUCAUGUAGUGUUUUGGCUUUAUGUGACAGAUUAUUAAAGCAAAUCUGACAUCUACAUAGGAGAGCUUAAAGUCCCACUCCAAUGUUUUUUUUUUACUGCUCAAAGUGUUAUUGGUUGUCUUUAAGUUGCGAUUAUAAAGUUUUUAGCCAAAAUCUCGUCAUUUUCGAGGGCUUCUGAGUCGCCUCUGAGUCGUGGGCGGAGACAGCGCUGCUCUGCACACUCCUCUUCACGCUAGCUUGUAGCCUAACAUUGCCCGUGUAGUUGAAGAAGCAGGUAACAUAGGAGCUAUUUAGCUCUCAGACACUAAUGUCUUUGGGGACAUGAUAAAAGUUAAUAUCAUAAUUAGCUUUCUUACGAGCAUUGUAAUCUGGUAAUGCACAUGCCUGUUUCACAAUCAUCCUCUCUACUUUUGCAAGUGUGGCCUGCAUAGCAGGACUCCAGGGGGCGGAGCUUGGAUUUGUGACGUAGGAAAUCUCACUGCAUCUGAACCUGCCGUUUGAGUCUCCCAGGGAUUCAGAGCAAUUCGAACAAGAAAUACUCAGAAAUGCAAUUCCACACUGUCCUGUAGCAUCAGAAAAAUGCCAUAUGAGCAUGUAGACAAGACAAACACGAUUUUCAUCGGAGUGGGUCUUUAAAAAUAGUCAUAUGAAAAACACGUUUUACAAAUCCUGUUUUGAUACAACAUAAUGACAAAUAUUUCAACUUUUUUUUCUGACCUAAAUGUACAGUUUGUUAGUCCAUAUUGAAAAGUCUCCCUCAUUGGCAAUAGUAGUAGUAAUAAUAUUAGUCUGUCACAAGUGUUUAUGUGUGUUUUUAUGUCUUUGUUUAUUUGAUUAUUUAUAUAUGUUACCUUUAAUUGUUUGUCCUCUACAUGUUUUUGACCCUAUGCUUCUCUGUCUCUCUGUCUCAACGUGGACCAGUAGGAACCUUCAGAAAGAGUACGAGCUCUCUUUUGUUGUGCUCACUUAAAUCAUUGAGCGCCCUUUCCUUGUGCAGUUCAUAGACUCUCUGUGCCACACGUGCACACAGUAUGAUUCAUGGACCAUGAAGACAUAACAUACAUCCCUCUCAUGUGGCUACAUGUACAAACAUUUCAUCAAAGAUACUUUAUAAAUUGUUCUGAGUACAGCUACACUAACAGACAGCACAUGAACCCUGCACUUCUCACAUCCAUUCAUACGUCCUCUUCUAUUUUUUCUUGGUAUAUUGAUGGUGUCAUUGCUCAGUGAUUGACACUUCUUGUUUCCUCCUGCAGAGGGCGGUGUGUCCCAGAGCCAGGAGUCCUGCGGCUUAGACAGUGUGUGUCUCAACGGAGGCUACACCCCCAACACCUUCACCCUUCAUGGAUUGGGAACCACACCGGGGUCUCGAGCUGGAGUGGUGGGCAGCACAGACCUCCUGAGAGAGGGUGGGGAUGAUAUCUCCCCUGCCCUCCUUACUCCCCCUGGGGCCUCAGAUCUGGGCGGCGGCACAGGGAUGCGUCGAAACCUAUCAGAUGCUGCGGCGCUGGAAAAGAUGAUCAUCUCAGAGCUGGUACAGAGCAACCUGCGGCCCUCUGUCCCAAUGCCAGUCCCUCCUGAACGCUAUGGAAGUCUAGCAAGGCCUCACCACCAUGACAGGGCAGCUCUUACUCACACCGCCACUUUAACUCGACACGCACAGCCACCACCUCAGCAGGAAGGCUGGGCUGCCACUAUUCAGCCAAACACUCGCCACAAUGCACAAGAGGGCUGGGCACCACCGAGGCACCAUACACCGGACAGUGAGACACAUUCCACAGCACGAGGACCGGAUCUUACAACACAGCCACGUUUACAAGACGGCUGGUCACACCAGCGAGGGGAUUCGGAAUCCCAUGAGCUGCUCAAGGACAGUGACAGAUCACAGCUGCAAGGCACUCUGGGCCGCCGUGGGCUGCAGGACCGGCAGCAGGCACGUCCCCCUGAUGUUCAGGCCCGGCCCUACUCCACCCUCAGCCGGACCCCCGGUACCCUGUCCCGCCACCGCAGCACAGUGGAGCCAAGCGGAGGGACAGACAGAGACAGAGAGAGGGACAGGGAGAGAGAGAGGGACCGUUACCGUGACAGGCCUCUCCCACCUCCUCCUCCUCCUCCUCCACAGGAGUCAGAGCCCCUCUACAAGGCUCUAGAGGAGCCACUACUGAUGAAGCAGAGGGAGGCCAAUGUGGAGUCAUGGAGAGGACAGGACAGAGAAAAAGACGAGACAUUUCUCCUGAAAAGAGACGGAAUGAUGGACGACUGGAGGUCAGGAAGCGAGAGAGGAAGGGAUGAGUCUUUCACCUCUCAGAAAAGAGAUGGAGAGAUGGACGAGUGGAGGGGAGGCAUGGAGAGAGGAAGGGAGGAGUCUCAUGUGUUAGAGAAGAGAGGUGGGAGGAUUGAGGUGUGGCGGGGAGGAGCAGAGGCGGAGCAGGAAGAGACAUUUAUUACUCAGAAGAAAGAUUUUGGGAUGGAGGGAUGGAGAGGUGGAAUGGAGAGGGAGAAAGAUGAAUCGAUAUUUUUGAAGGACAGAGAAGGGUGGAGAGCAGGGAUUGAACGUGAGAAUGAGAAACAGAAGGAUAGAGCUUUAGAUGUGUGGAGAGGAGGGGUGGAUGUAGACAGAGAUGAGCCUUUCCUGUUUGAGAGCAAAGAUGGAGGUCUGGAUGCCAGGAAAAGAGGCUCUCUGCGUUACCAUGGUGAGCGAGAGGAUUCUGAUGGCUUCACUCUGCCUUUGACUCCUGACCUCGACCUGGACCCUGACUCCUCCCCAAUCUACGCCCGGGAAUCAAACCCAUCUGCGCUUUAUCCUGGAGACCGCCGCUCGCCGCCACUUAGUAUCUUCCCCAGAAGCUCUCCGCCGACAAACAUAUUUGCUCCACGAGACUCUAACUCACCUCCCAACAACCUGUACUCCCGCCACUCUCCACAGGUGUACAGUCGGAGCAGCUCCCCUCCUCGCUUCUACACCCGCACCUCCCCCCCCACACUCUCGUACCCCGACAGCAGCCCUGAAGGUCCUGAGGAGAUCAGCCCCACUGGUCAACCUCAGCGGCCCGCUCUGGAGCUCCCCUACAGCCUGGGACGGCCCCCUCUUGGCCCGCGGCCCAAUCACCUGCAAACCUUUUACCAGCCGCCACCACUAGCAACCAACGGGGAGGCGGCAUACACAGCAGAGCCCACCUCUGAGGGAGAGGACGGACAGAUGCAGCGGGUGACGAGCCUGUGACUAGGGCGGUGGUGAUCGGGGGAUAGAAACCAGGCAGGAGGAGGAAGAUGGCGGCAACAACAGCAAACAAUGAAGAUCAAACUGAUGGAAACAGUGAUAACGAUGAUGAUGAUGAUGAUGAUGAUGAAGGUUACGAUGAUGAAGGUUACAGUGAUGACAUUGAUUGCUCCUUCCUGCUUCUAUCUCCUGAUCACCACGAGACUUUCCCCUUGUCAUGUUUUGUUACUUUUCUACGACUGUGAUCCAUUUCUAACUCUUCCUCCUCCCUUCUCUCUCUCUUUCUCUCUCUCUCUCUCGGUCCUUAAACCCUGAUGUGUCUUCCCAGCUCAUUGGUGCUUUUUCCUUGUUUUUUUUGUCCCCCUUUCAUUGUCUGCGUUUCUAUUGGUUGAUCGGCCGGGUGUCGUCCCCCCCUGUAGCAAACAAACAGUGUGUCAAAGAAGCACUUGUGUGUUGCCAAAAAAUCCUUUCAAAGAACAUGUGCAUGACUUUCUAGUGGCUUUUACCAGGCUACAUACUGUAGGAGGAAAGAGCUGAAGAGUGCGUGAGCGUGCUUGAGAGUGUGUAUGUGUGGGAGCUUGAUGAGCAUGUGCGUGUGUGUGAGCGCGUGUGCCUGUAUAUACAUCAUUCUUGUAUAAUUAAUGUAUCACAGUGAAGCAUUUUAUCAACAUCAAACAGGGGGCCUCUUACACACAUCCCCUCAGACUGAUUUUGAACUCUUGACCAAUCCCAUUUUCACAUCAAGACCAAAAGCUCCGCCUCCUCCACCGUACCUCCACCUGCCACAAACAGUCAGAGAUGGAUCUGGUUGCAGUGGAGUUUGUCACAGCAGCAAAACUUUUGAACUCCAGAGCCAGAGAUCAUAUAAAACCUCAAAACUUUUCUGCAGCCCCCUGAGACCCUUGUACAUAUCGACCUCAAGUGUUCUGAUUGUCUUGUAUUGCUAUUGAAGUUCAAGUAAACGUGAAAUUAACGAA